AUGGCGGGCGGAAGCGGCGAGGCGGCGAUGUCUCCGCCGUCCUCCGGCGGCGGGAAGCGCGGGCGGGACCCGGAGGAGGACGUGUACGUGGACAAUCUCCACUCCCACAAGAGGGAUGAGAUAUUAUCCCAAUACUCGCCAAUGUCAGAAGACUCGGAUGAUUACCGGUGCUAUGACACUCAAUUAAACCCCAGUGGGAAUCAUCCUGAUGCGAUGAUCAGCCCUUCAACUAGUCCAAUGUCAUCUCCUCACCGACACCAGAGACCACAAUCUCCUUUGUUACCUUCAAACCCAUACCCUCUCCCAAGCUGCUCCCUUUCAUCAGUAGUCUGCUCUCAUGCUCGGCGUGGCUCCGAUAAUGAAGGCCGGUUCCCAUCCUCACCGAAUGACAUGUGCCACGGGGCAGAUUUGAGGCGAACAGCACUACUGAGGUCAGUGCAAAUGAGGGUGCAGGGACCCCAUUCGUACGACCUAUCAUUCGGCAUGAGACAAGGACAAGAACAUGUACAUGAGCAUGAAGAUGAACAUGAGCAUGAACAUCUAGAGGAUUUGGAAAGGACAGAAAGAUCAUCAUCUUGCAAUAAGUCAACCGUUGACGAAAUCUCGUACCAGAGACCUGACCAUGAUUUUGGUCGACCAGAGCACGAGAUAGAUUACAUCAACAACUGCACAUCAGAUGAUUGUCCAAGUGACCUAAAAUUUAAGCAAGAAGAUAAGAGCCAUAGUAAAUUUGAUGCCCGUAUGGACAAGAAUACAUAG